AUGGCUGCCUCCACUAUGUCUGUCUGCUCUGACGCUUGCACCAACUCCUCCUGGCAGGUGGAUGACUGCCCAGAGAGCUGCUGUGAGCCUGGCUGCUGUGCCCCCAGCUGCUGCCAGUCCAGCUGCUGCCAACCUAGCUGCUGCCAGUCCAGCUGCUGUGCCCCCAGCUGCUGUGUCCCCAGCUGCUGUGCCCCAGCCCCCUGCCUGGCCCUCAUCUGUACCCCAGUGAGCUGUGGGUCCAGCCCCUGCUGCCAAUCUCCUGUCUGCUGCACACCCAUCUGUUCUGGCUCCUCAUGCUGCCAGCAGUCUAGCUGCCAGUCGGCUUGCGGCACCUGCUCUCCUUGCCAGCCAUCCUGCUGCAUGACCCUGUGCUGCAAACCUUCCUGCUGUGUGCCUGUCUGUUGUGUGCCAGUCUGCUGUGAAGCUGAUUCUUCUUCAUGCUGCCAGCAGUCUAGCUGUGAGCCCUCUUGCUGUACCUCCUCUCCCUGCCAGCAGUCCUGUUGUGAACCUGUGUGCUGUGAGCCUUUGUGUUGUGAACCUGUCUGCUGUACACCUGUCUGCUGCACACCCAUCUGCUCUGGAUCCUCCUCAUGCUGCCAGCAGUCUAGCUGCCAGCCCUCAUGCUGCCAAUCCUCCUGCUGUGUGCCUGUCUGCUGCAAGGCUGUCUGCUGCACACCCAUCUGUUCUGGCUCCUCAUGCUGCCAGCAGUCUAGCUGCCAGCCCUCAUGCUGCCAGCCAUCCUGCUGUGUGCCUGUCUGCUGCAAGCCUGUCUGCUGCAAGCCCUGCUCCAGCGUGUCCCUGCUCUGCCGCCCUGUGUGCAGACCUGCCUGCUGUGUUCCCAGCUCCUCCUGCUGUGCCUCCUCCUGCCAGCCCAGCUGCUGCAAGCCCUGCUCCAGUGUGUCCCUGAUCUGCCGCCCUGUCUGCUCCCGCCAAGCGUGCUGUGGCCUCUCCUCGGGCCAGAAGUCCAGCUGCUGA